UUGAAAAAAUUGCAAUUAUAUAUAUAUAUAUAUAUAUAUGAAGAAAAGUGCAGCAGAUGAUGAGAUGGAGGGCAAAUCAAUGGAGGCGAAUUCCUCAUCCAGGGGUGGAUGGAAAUCCGCCAUUUUCAUCAUCUUUGUGGAGGUCGCUGAGCGAUUUUCGUAUUAUGGAGUCGCCGGAAAUCUGUUCGUUUACAUGACGACGGUGCUCCGCCUUCCUACCGCCACUGCCGCCAAGAGCGUCAACACCUGGCGAGGCGUCUCCGCCCUAUUCCCUGUCGCCGGCGCCUUACUCGCCGACUCCUACUUCGGCAGAUUCAAGACGAUCCUCCUCUCAUCCGUUAUUUACCUAACUGGGUUAAUUGCGCUGACGGUGGCGGUUUCUGCAGUUCCGCCGCAGCUCCGCCGCACCGUCUUCUUCGUAGCGCUUUACAUCCUGGCGGUCGGCGAGGGCGGUCACAAGCCGUGCGUGCAGACGUUCGCCGCCGACCAAUUCGACGAGACGAUCGCCGAGGAGAAGGCGGCGAAGAGCUCCUUCUUCAACUGGUGGUACGUCGGAAUCGUCGGCGGCGCCACGGCGGCGAUCCUCGUCGUCAUAUACGUCCAGACCUACAUCAGCUGGAGCCUCGGCUUCGGGAUGCUCACGGCGGCCGUGGCUGCGGCGCUCGUCGUGUUCCUGAUCGGGAGCGGCGGUUACCGCCGCCAGGCCCCCGUGGGGAGCCCGUUCACGAGGGUAGCGCAGGUAAUAGUCGCCGCCGCCAGGAAGAGGCGGCUGUCGGAGAGGGAAGCGCGCGGCGUCUACGCUGAAGAGAGUUAUGAUAUUAUUCAGGACGGCGCGGCUCAAGCCUUGGCUCCGACCGCCAAAUUCAGGUACUUAGGGAAAGCAACGUUGAUGGACGAGGAGGAUGAGAAGGAGAAAAAGAAUAGAAACAGGAAUCCAUGGAGGCUCUGCUCCACAACCCAAGUCGAAGAAGCAAAGCUAGUCUUCCAACUGGUCCCCCUCUGGCUGACCUGCCUCAUGUUCGGCGUCGUCAUCGCGCAGCUCGCCACCUUCUUCACCAAGCAAGCCACCGCCAUGGACCGCUCGAUUCUCAACUCCCAAAUCCAAAUCCCCCCGGCCUCCUUCCAAGUCUUCACCGGCCUCACGAUCCUUGUCUCCGUCCUCCUCUACCAACGGUUCCUCGCCCACAGGAUAACCACCCUCCAGAGAAUCGGGAUCGGUCUAGCCAUCUCCAUACUCACCAUGGUCGCGGCUGCCCUGGUCGAGUCCGGGCGGGUCUGCGUUGCCCGGCACCACGGUCUGCUCGACAAACCCAAUGCCGUUGUCCCCAUGGCUGCAUGGUGGCUGGUUCCGCAGUACGUCCUGUGUGGGGUGUCGGACGUGUUCACGGUGGUGGGACUGCAGGAGCUGUUCUACGAUCAAAUGCCUGUAGGGAUGAGGAGUGUCGGGGCUGCUGCUUAUAUUACGGUCACCGGGGUGGGUAGCUUCUUGAGCAGCGGUCUGAUUGCGAUUGUGCAAGCUGUGACCGCCGACAAAUGGCUCGCCGGCGACAAUCUUAACAGGGCCAAUCUUGCAUGUUUCUAUUGGCUUUUGGCAGCUAUGAGUGCUGUCAAUUUGUGUGGGUAUGCCUAUGUUGCCGCGAGGUUUUUGCAAGUUUAGGGAUACGAUGAAAAUGGACACUGAAAGAAGGUAAGGUUAAGGUAGUCGGGUUGGGCUAGUUUAUCGGAUUCGAAUAUUAUUGACCAAUUUGGAGGGAAAGGUGGAUCCAGAACAGGAUCUAUGCAAUUGGGAUUAGGAUUUGAUAUUACAAAAUACAUUUAAAAUCAAAUUGAACUAAAUGAAACAAACAAAAUGAAGAUAAUGUAUGUAUUGUAUUGGCAAGAAUGUUAAUGCACCUUA